GAACAGAGGACGUAGGAUGUGGCCAGAGAUACAGCAUAUAUUUCCAGUUACGGCAAACCAUCCGCCGCAGAGACCGUGGAUUCCACUGACAAGGCCCAACAGGACGAGACCAACAUGUAUCUUCACGGUGAUGUGUUACAACGUGUUGUGCGACAAGUAUGCCACGCGACAGAUGUACGGCUACUGUCCAAGCUGGGCGUUAGACUGGGAGUACCGGAAGAAGGGCAUCCUCGACGAGAUACGCCAUUACGCCGCGGAUAUCAUCAGCUUGCAGGAGGUCGAGACGGACCAAUUCUACAACUUCUUCCUGCCGGAGCUCAAACACGACGGCUACGACGGCAUAUUCUCGCCCAAGUCCCGGGCGAAGACGAUGGCGGAGAACGACCGCAAAUACGUCGACGGCUGCGCCAUUUUUUACAGAACCGCCAAAUUUACCCUGAUAAAGGAGCAUUUAGUCGAAUUCAACCAAUUGGCAAUGGCGAACGCGGAGGGCUCGGACAACAUGUUGAAUCGUGUUAUGCCCAAGGAUAACAUCGGGCUGGCUGCGUUACUUAGGACUAAGGAUGCCGCUUGGGACAAUGGUGUUCCAUCUGAUCCGGCGCAAGUACAACAGCCGAUUUUGGUUUGUACGGCACACAUUCACUGGGAUCCCGAGUACUGCGACGUGAAACUGAUACAAACGAUGAUGCUGAGCAAUGAAUUACGUUCCAUUUUGGACCAAGCUGGCCAGUCGUUUCGACCCGGCCACAAGCCUGACUCUUCCAACGUUCAACUGUUGCUUUGCGGCGACUUCAAUUCCUUACCUGAUUCCGGCGUGAUUGAGUUUCUUACGUCCGGGCGUGUGGCGGCGGAUCAUCGUGAUUUUAAGGACUUAGCGUACAAAUCGUGUUUACAAAAGAUCUCCGGCUGCGACAAACCCAACGAAUUUACGCACUCCUUCAAGCUUGCAUCCGCCUAUAGCGAAGACAUUAUGCCCUAUACUAAUUAUACAUUUGAAUUCAAAGGCAUAAUAGACUACAUUUUCUACUCGAAGCAAAGCAUGGUGCCACUGGGACUCUUAGGUCCGCUUAGCCAAGAGUGGUUUAGAGAGCACAAGGUGGUAGGAUGUCCCCAUCCCCAUGUACCAUCCGAUCACUUUCCUCUGUUAGUGGAACUGGAGAUGACACCGACAGUAGGAACAAGCAAUGGUUUGAUCUCACGCAGGUAGCAGCCGCUGCGAUCUAGGCCCAAGUAACCGUCAAGAGACGAUAAAUCAAUAACGAGGAACGACGAGGAUGAAGGAAAAAGGAUUCGCAUCACUUCUAUUACUUCUGGCUCUAGCAAUAUCACUCGCAGUCGACUAUUACUCUACACUAGCGGACAUUACACACAGAUACACGUAUACAUGCAUACCACUAUACACCACUGCACACGUAUACACGUACACGCGAAAUAUACUCCAUACAUCGUCUCGCACACUCGACACAAACGGUAGUCGGGUCCGGUGCACGGCCGGACGCGACACACAAUUCUAACGACCAGGUGAAGGGAGCCGUGUUGUAAUGCGUUUAGCCCAUGUAUAGUGUAUUGCAUUUUUAAAAAAGUGCUAACUCUCCCUAUGCCUAAAGAGCAUCGUGACCUCUCUAACUUACCAUCACUAAUAUGUAGAUACCUAUUUUCCUAUAAAACGAGAGAGAUGAAAAAAAAAGCGCGAAAGGAGGAAAAGAGGAAACGACGACGAAUAUUCCGAUUCAAAGAAAAGCCUCUGUGAUAUCGACAUUUUAAACGCAAUUGGAACAAUUAUUAUUCACGUGUUUACCACACAACAGAGAAACUUAGCGUCUUGCUAGAGAGAGACACAAACACACACAACAAAAACCCUUUAGCAGACAGAGAAACCCCUCUCCCUCUCCCUCUCUCCUACCUCGCCCCCUUCUCCCUUCCUAAAUGUCAUUACAACAUCCUCCAAACCAAACCUUUUGAUAAGAAUGCUGCCAUCCAAUGAGACAAAAGAAAAAAAAAAUUGUAUUUUUAAACGAAACGCGAAGCAAACGAGAAAAAAAUACGAAAAACAUACAUGCUAUACUGGGCUGUGCGAAGUGAUUGGAGUUGACUUAAACAAUUUCAAUGCAAGUACAAAUCUGUUCUUAUUGGCCACGUAUAUAUUGAUAAUACGAUAAUGUUAUAUAAGAAGACGAGAGCGUAGUUGAUAUUGUAGCGGGUGUAUUUGUAAGUAAAACGAUAAUGUAAACGAUGUUCAUCAUCACACACACGUCUGUCAUAGCGUCGCGCGAGAUCAGUCGAUACAUCUUCGCCCAUACUUAUAGGUAUGUCCGUUCGGUUCGGAUUAAUUAAUGUAUGUGCUCUGUACUGCGUCAAAAAGCCACUAUUACUACUACUUGUUAAUUCAGUUGCCACCGAGAAAGAGAGGGGGAAGCCUGUACAAUUUGACCGCGCUCGAACCGCCGCUCCGCUCUACGUACUCGUACCGCAUUUCUUUCUUGCGCUUUUUUCUUUUUUUUUCUUUUUUUUUUAAUCUGUAUCAAUUCUCUUCACUUUAUCGUACCUCUCUUCAUCGUCUCGCGAACGUGCAGUUAUAUAGUCGCAGCUACCAAAAUGUAGAUUCUAAUUAUCUUAGUUAUCGUGUAGGGUGCGCGUGCUUGGUGAAGACCAAUAUCGGGAUUGUAUUGUAGCGAUGAGGCGCUAUGAAAAACGCAAUUAUACAUUUAGUUAAAACAGUGCAAGUAUAUCUUAUACGUAGCGCGUCGUCAAACACCUCACGCCUCGGUCUUUCUAUUUUGCAAUCGACUCGUCCGACGGUUCUUGGUGCGCGAGCGAACCGAGAGAGAGAAAGAGAGAGAGAGAGAGAGAGAGAGAGAGAGAGAGAGUAAAAAAAACUCUCGAUACGUUUAUAUAUCGCUGUACAUAAUUUCAUUCUUAUCGAUUCCUAUCUUUCGAAGCGAUUAUUGAUACUCGCGAAUGUACUGUAGAUAUGAGAUAUAAUUUUCCUUAUAUAUGUAUGUUGUAAAUAUGACAAUGGUACGUUGUUUUUUUUUUUUACGUUGACUGCAAUUUACGUGUACGUUUAUUAUUCUGCUCUGCCGAGCGGAGAGAAUCAAGAGCGAUGAUGCGGAAAUUUAUUAGAUACUUUACGAGUUACGCACAUGCUCUGUAGUAUUACAGAUAUAUCCUGACGUCAUGCUUCGUGUCGUUUUACGAUCUCUUGCCGAAUCGCCCGGAAGAGAAAAGAAGGUUCUCGCGAAAGUGAGAUAGGGAAUGCUUACUUUGUACUCGCGCGCGUCUCGAUCGUGUGUACAAAUUUUCGUUCUUUCUCUUCUUCUUCUUCUCCUUCUUCGCGAAAUAACUUCUCGCCGAUGGUUUUCGCGAAAAAGGGUUUUCGCAUGUUAGCAGCAUAAUAAAAACGAUACACGGUUAUUUCCGGGCAUAUACAGCUUUCUCCGUCGAUAGAACAUGCAUACACACACGCGCGCAAAAUGCGGGACAACACCAAUAUGAUACGAACGACACCGAAACACAUCGGGAAGAUACGUAAGUUUAUAUGCACAUACUAUAAUUCUUAAAAUACUUUACGAAUAUAUCGUAGCAAUAUAGCAAUCGAUCUCGUUAUGUAUGACACAAUCGACAAUUAAGACCUUGAGAGAGUUCCCAUUCGGGAGCCGUGGUUUGUGCGCGCGCAUCAUCCGCAGUCCCGUCAACUGAAUUACACAAGUAGUGAGCGAUUAGUUUAUCAAAGACAUCUAUGUAGUAAAUGUUGUAAUAAUAUAAAGUAGGCAAUUAGUUUUAAUUAUAUCCUCUGG